GGUGACGCGUUUGCACUCGUUGAUUCCCCCUGGCAAUGGCUGAAUCUACGGCUUUAGCAAAUACCGGAACACUAGAUCCAAAAAUCUUUCGACUUCAAUUCGACCUUGAAGUCAUGGUACCUCAAAGGGUAAUGGAAAUAUUCCGAAUAGCACAGACAAGAGUUUCCGGUAUUCGUGGUGCAAUCGAGCCUACCCCCGAUGGACAACAUUUUGUGGGCUUUUUAGAGGGCAACCAAGAGAUGCUAGAAAAAAUACGCGUAAUAAUUGAAAGGUCUGGUGCUCUACUCUCAGCAAUUAAGAAUGCGGUCUUCUCCGAAUUAGAGGAAAUUGCAAAGUUUACCGCUGAAACAUUUAAUAUGGUAAAUUGUCCCGGACCAACACCCGAACCCACGAUUCCUUUGGCUUUAACAAGACAAUAG